AUGUCCUCUCCCGGCAGCCGCGUAGCCACCUACUUCCGCCGCGCGCGCCUCAUCGACGAGCUGCGCCUCAGCCUCCGCUCCCCAUCCUCCUCCCGGCCGCCGCCGCCACCCGACGACCCAGUGGUCGCGUUCUACGCUAUCCGCGCCGCGCCCACGGCGGCGUCGGCUCUCGCAUUCUUCCGCGCCAUCCCCACUCCGGCGCCGCUCCCGCUCUUCCAGGCUCUCGCCGCCCGCCUCGCCAACCCCGCGUCCCUCCCCGACCUCCACUCCCUCCUCGCCUCCUUCCCCCUGCCCCCUCCCCCGCUCCUGCGCCUCCGCCUCCUCGCCGCCGCCGGGGACCACCCGGCCGCCCUCGCCGCCUUCGCCUCCGUUCCGGCCGAUCCGCACCGCCCCGCCGACGCGCACAACCUCGUCAUCCGCCUCCACGCCGGCGCCGGGAACCACGCCGCCGCCGUCGACGCGUUCGGCGCCAUGCUCCGCGAGGGCGCGCUCCCCAACACGCGCACCUACACCAUCCUCCUCCACCACCUCGCGGCCGCGGGAUUCCUUGACCAGGCGCUCGAGGUGUUCCGGCUCCUGCCGUCGCUGCGCGUGCCACGUAUCCCCCAGCAGUACAACGUGCUCGCCGAGGCGCUCGCCGAGGCCGGCAGGUUCAACCGGCUCCGGUGGCUGGUCCGCGAGAUGGUGGCCGUCGAUGGCAUCAUGCCCAGGCGGCAGAUGCGGGCCGCCAUCGCCGCCAUGAGGGAAGCCGGCCACACAGAGGGCACGGAGGGUUUCGUCGAGGAACUCUUGCCGAGCCCGUACGCCGUGUGCGGCUCCGAGGGCGAGGGAGAUAGCGAGGAGGAAGCGGAGGAUGGUGAUACGGAUCAGUGCGGAGCUAAUAAGGAGACGCAGCAGCUGAAGCCAUGGCUGCACCCACGGGAGCUAGCGAGGGCGCUGGAAGGCUGGCACCCUGAGGACGUGGCGGAGCUGGAGGCGGCCGGGAUUGUCUGGACGCCGCCGCUGGUGAGCAAGCUCCUGAGCAAUUUCAGGAAGGCGACAACGGCGUGGAAGUUCUUCUGCUGGGUGGCAUGCCGCCCAGGCAGCGGCUUUAGGCACGACCUCCACACCGUGGCGAGGAUGAUCGGCAUCUUUGCCUGCGCCGGCAAAGUUGAGCUGGCGGAGGGCCUGCUCGCCAAGGUGCGCACCGCCGGUAUCCUCCUCCCGUUCCUCACCGUGCGGCGAAUCAUCAACUUCUAUGGGCUCUCCAAGAAGGCCAACGCGGCGGUGCGGGUGUUCCGGGAAGCCGACUCCAUCUGCGGCCCUGUGUCACGGCCCAACCUGGCGCUGCUCUGCUCAUCGCUGCUGUGGACGAUGCUGAAAUGCCACCGGGUCCAAUACGCCACUGAACUUCUGGAGGAGAUGGUGGUGACCCGGGGCGUGGUCCCGGACCUGCAGACCAUCUCGGGUGUGAUGGAGCACGUGGCUGGCGCGGGCAUCCUGAAGGGCGUGCACAGGCUUCUCGGGCUGGUGCGGCAGUGUGAGCUGCGCCCCGACGGGCACAUGUAUGUCGUGCUGAUCAGGGCCUACUGCAAGGGAGAGCACACGGCGCUUGCGGUCAGGGUGUUCGACGAAAUGCGCGGGGCAGGCAUCGCCCCGGACUCGCCCACCGUGGCGCUGCUGGUGAAGACCCUGUGGCGGGAGGGGAAGCUACGGGAGGCAGCGCUAGUCCUGGAGAGGUGCGAGGAGAUGGUCGCAGCAUGCGGUGGCAGGGGCCUCCCAGCGGCGUGCCUGGGCCACACCACGAGGGCCGCUGAUCUGAACAAGGUGUAUGGCAUCUACUCCGGCUGCUUCGGGCAACAGCCUGAUGCAGAGAACUUGACGGCGAAUCAAGCCAUUGGUUGAUGCUCCGCUUGACUUGACAAUUCAGAUAUUAGUUGAUCCAAGAGCACGGCAGUUUCUCCAGUACUUCACAAAUGAGUUUGACGUAUUAACCGAUUCCCAGGUUGUAUGGAGCAUUGGAGUCCAUAAAGGGAGAAGUGCCUGGAGAAAAUACAGCUUGCACCUAUGUAUACCCAGGAUUCUCAUUUGUGGCUGACCCAAACACCUAGUUUUUCUUUUCUUUAUGGUGGAGGUUUGCACACGGAAGAG